AUGAGUCAGUGGGAUGUUGUGGUCCCCCUUAUCGCCCCAAAGAGUGCGGAUUCAAAUGAAAUUUCAUAUGCACAGUUAUGUACAACAGUCCGUGGAGUAGAUGAGGCACUUGAAAACACGAAACGACGAUUGAAGCAAAUAGAGAAGAGUCUCGAGCGACAACGAGUUAUUGUGAAUGAAGUUAGAGCCACCUCCUCACGCUUUGAGGAUACAUUUGCUAAAACAAACAGUGAUCUUCAGUAUAUUCAACAACAGCUUGAGUAUGUUGUAAUUAAUUUGGAAAAAGAACGUGGGAUAGUAGCUGACCACACGGAGCAGCUGCGACUUUUCGCAAUGGAAUCAAAUCGUCGCGAUGGCAGAGUAGCUGAAGUUUCAGAUGAUGGAACCUCACUACUCAUAUGGUUAGCAACAUGGCUUUAUCGACCGCUUGUACAUUUCGCAAAGGGAUGCUAUACAUUGCUCUCACCACUUAUAAAUACUCUCCAGUCGCUCUCAUUGUUUAACUCAGAUGUUCUUGUGCGCCGUAAUGAGAGUGGCACCCGACUGCGUCAGACAGAAACAAAUGAAGAUCUCUUGCAAAGACUUCAAAAAGGAUCUUUAGACCCCACCUCUGUCGUGAAGAAGAGUUGA